UCAGCGCGGCGCGCUCCGUGGUCCGAGCGCAAGGGGACCGCGCGGCGGCGGCGGCGGCGUCGUCCAUGAUGAUCCUCGGCGUAGCGCAGCGCUGAGGCGGCCGGGGGCUGGCGGCGGCGGAGACAGCGAGCAGACGCAGCUGAUUAGACGCGGAGGCUUAGUGCAGAAGACGCUGCCUGCGCACGCCGUCGUCUCAGCAGCAGCAGCGGCAGCAGCAGCGGCGGCUGCGGCAGCCCCGGGCGAGUCAGCAUCGAGCGGCGCGCGCAGCGCCACGGGCCGCUCGGCUGGACCCGCUCGCCGGCCGGCCGGCCGCCGCCCUCGCCCCGGUGCCAGCGAAGGCGGUGCCCAAUGUUCCAUCUCCCCGUGCUCAGCUUCAGCCCGCAGCAGGUGGCGAGCGUCUGCGAGACGCUGGAGGAGAGCGGCGACGUGGAGCGCCUCGCCCGCUUUCUCUGGUCGCUGCCCGUGGCCCCGGGCGCCUGGGAGACGCUCAACAAGAACGAGGCCGUGCUGCGCGCCCGCGCCGUCGUCGCGUUCCACGCGGGCAACUACCGCGACCUGUACGCCAUCCUGGAGGGCCACCGCUUCUCCAAGGCGUCGCACGCCAAGCUGCAGGCCAUGUGGCUCGAGGCGCGCUACCAGGAGGCCGAGAGGCUCCGCGGCCGCCCGCUGGGGCCCGUAGACAAAUACCGCGUGCGUAAGAAGUUCCCGCUGCCGCCCACGAUCUGGGACGGGGAGCCCAAGACGCACUGCUUCAAGGAGCGGACGCGCCGCGUGCUGCGGGAGUGGUACCUGCAGGACCCGUACCCCAACCCGGCCAAGAAGCGGGAGCUGGCGCAGGCCACGGGACUCACCCCCACGCAGGUCGGCAACUGGUUCAAGAACCGCCGGCAGAGGGACCGCGCCGCCGCCGCCAAGAACAGGCUCCAUCAGCCGUCGCUCUCUCCCGGAGCCGUGGGCUUGCGGGAGGAUGAAGAAGACGACGACGAUGACGACGACGACGAAGAGGACGACGACGAAGAGGAGGAGGAGGAGGCGGGUGCGGGACCCGGGCGAGGCCUGCGGAGCUCUUCAGGAGCCGCCGCCGGGAGCCCCGGAGCCGCGAGCCUCUCGAGCCUCGGGGAGCCGCCGGCGCACCCCGCGUCCAGCGACGGCUCCGACUCGGAGGCGUGAGCCGGCGGGAGCCAGCGGGAGCCAGCGGGAGUGGCGGCGGCGGGGGGGGGAGGUGCUGAUGGUUAUGAUAAUGAGGCGAGAAGGAGAGGAGGAGGAAGGUGGGACGAGGGGGAGCAGGAGGAGACGACCACGAGGGACCGACGACGAGGAAGAGGAGGAGGAGGCGAUGUCAUCGCUUGCGCCACCCUUCACCAAAUCCUCGUGACCAUCGCGAGUAGAUGAUGACGAUGAUCGUGGUUCCUGAAACAGUUUUGCUCGUGCGUGCGUCGUGCGCGUGGCACCGAUCUAUGUCAUCGCAUCUCCCACCCACCUAACACAUACAGUAUAAACUUACAGUCUAUACAGUAUCCGUGUAUAUACAUCUACCACGACCCAAAAAGUAGAGCAAAAACGGGGCUUCACCUCGCGGUAGUUUCGUCACAAUGAGCACUUAGCAGCGUCUGCUGGUACUGAAGUGAAAUGUCUGUAAUGACCACCACCACUAUCACAAGCAACACCAUCAUCACCACCACCAUUACCAUCACCACCAUUAUCAUCACCACCACCAUCAUCACCACCACCACUAUCACAAGCAACACCAUCAUCACCACCACCAUCAUCACCACCACCAUUAUCAUCACCACCAUAAUCACCACCACCAUCACUAUCACAUCCAACACCACCACUAUCACAUCCAACACCAUCACCACUAUCACAAGCAACACCAACAUCACCACCACCAUUAUCACCACCACCAUCAUCACCACCAUCACUAUCACAUCCAACACCAUCAUCACCACCACCAUCACUAUCACAUCCAACACCAUCACCACCAUCACAUCCAACACCAUCACCACCACCACUGUCACAACCAACACCAUUAUCAUCAUCAUCACCACCAUCAUCACCGCUACCACCACUGUCAUAACCAACAGCAUCAUCACCACCACCAUCACCACCAUCAUCAUUAUCACUACCAUCAUCACCACCACUAUCAUAUCCAUCAUCAUCAUCAUCACCACUGCCACCAUCACCACCACCACCACUAUCAUAUCCACCACCACCAUAAUAAUCACCAUCACCACCACCAUCAUCUCUAUCCCGUGAUGUCGGGGCGCUGCCUCCACUAAGAGGGUGAUUCGGGUUUCAGAAAUCCGCGGCAGCCACCCCCCCAAUGCCAGGAGACGAGGCCGAGUGUCGCCCGCUCACCACCACACGACCCCUCCCCAAACAUAGGUACUACACGCACAGGUGUACACGCAGGUGUACACGCACAGGUGUACACGCAGGUGUACACGCACAGGUGUACACGCAGGUGGCACAUGUAGAUACAUACGUGACAUACUGGCAGGCAUACACACACACAUAGGUGACACGCACAGGUCAAACAAAAACAUACAAAGAUCCCCUUACGGACUGUUGGGGCAAGUGCUGUUAGCGAGCGUCUGUGAAGGUGGGCACGGCACACGAGGAGGUGGGUGGCCAACACCACGCUCGGUCGCCUUUGUCUCCCUCGUGGCGAUGUUUACACAUCGCACUCGGUACUCAUUUGAGGCUGAGUCGACCCAGGAGAGGUCCAGGUCCCGGUGCCGAAUUCAGGUGGUGGCUCUCAUCCCGCGGCUCCGUGCCCAGGGGACCCUCGCUCCGCUGCGAGUUCGAAGCUCCGUGAAUUUCGAGAUGCACUUUUUUAAAUUUCGAAGUCACGAACGGGCGUGCGAUGCGCUGGCGUUGAAUGGACGUGCGCUCACUGUGGUUCUAGAUAUUUACUAAUAUAGCGCCGUCCUCUUGGAGUUUCGACACUGGCCGGGACGCACCUGUCCAUUGCAGAAGCAUUGUAAACAUAAAACACAGGGCAGAAACAUAAAACAUAGAGCAGAAACAAUGCCCUCGCUAUCUAAGACAUCACCGAGUUAAGAUGUUUGGUCAAUUCUAUUUGCGAGUGCUUAGCAACGCACGGGACGAACAGACCGAGCGACGGCGCUUACGUGAGCUAGGAUUGAACUCAUCACGUACGGCAGCCGGUGUUGGGUUCAGCCCAGUGACAGAUCCGCGGUUUACUUCCCACCGCAUUGCUGCUGAAUAUCGUUCGUGAAGAUCGUUCUUCAACUCAUGGGGGAUUUAAUUUGUUCGGCUGUGUCAGGUGACGGUGGGGGGGGGGGUCUUACGACUUUAAUUUGGUGAGAUCGUCAGGUGGGCCUCACCCCCCGAAUGAAUUAUUAUGAAUCACGCUCCUAAUUCAUCUUUGGCAUUUCACAUCUGCGGGACUGGUCACCGUUUUCGCGUCCGGUGACAAUUCCAUCCUCCCGUGACCCCUUCCUGUGUCACUCAAACUUUUCUUCCUGGGCCAGGGGCCCUGCUGGGAGGCUCCCGCAGUUGGCCAGGGCCGCGGCAUGAAUUGAGGAAGUCGAAUCCGGUGGAAGCGACAGAGGCGAGAUGAUCGACUUCCCUUGCUCUGCAUCACAGAACGCCACAAUCCUGGAGCGAUCAGUUGCGCAACUUCAUCGCCCGCGACUGCUUUGUCCACAUCUGAGCGAGUAGUCGAGCAACACUUUUGUUGUUGUUGUUGUUAAGAGCCACAUUCAGCAUUGUAAAACAACCAAUCACCAAUUCGCGUAGCACGUUGUUAAUCAUGUCGCUACAAAUCGCCGAAUAGACCAACGCGUAAAAGUCGGUUUUUUUUCUCGACUGUGACCAUCAACCGAUUGCACGACUUCAACCCCCCAAUCCGGUUGCAGACACGUCCGUAUAAUAAGCGAGUCAGUUGCACUCGAGCAAGUUGCGUGCAACCGCUCGCUCGGGUGUCGGGAGCGGCUUCACGGCAGCUCCUGACGGCGCCCGAGAGCGCCUCUCGUCACCACGAGGUGCCGCUUGGGCGCCGGGAUCCAUUGUCGGGUCGCGCGUCUCUCGCUGAUUGCGAGAGACUGUCGCUGGGAUGCAGGCGAUGUUCGUUGCCGGAGUUUGUCUGUGGCCUGAGCCGAACGCCACUCGGCAGGGGCUCUCCUCGUCUCCUCCUCCUCCUCCCGUCGUCUCCUUCGCGAGGCGAUGGCACCCAACGAGACAUCAUCGGUCUCCAUCUCUUCCUUUGUACCACGUGGUGCGCAUAAGGCCCCCACCCCGAACCCUCCUCCUUCGUAGCCGCCAAACUCCCGGGGCUCCCAGCGCAGGUUCCGACCAAGCUGCUCGCUCCCGAUGGCGAGAGCGCGAGUGGAGCGAAGCCACCAACCGAGGAGUGAACGGACGAGCAGACGACCGAAUGGAGCGAAUGACCCGGCCAAUUCCGCUGACCUUCCUGCACCCUCCCCCUCACUCCCACCUUUCCAACGCACGCAUGACGUCACCUGCAACUCACCCACCCCCCCUUCCCUCCACCGCCCCCCACUUUGCCUUGAAGAUGCACAUCGACGCGGAGGGACACGUGGGGAGGCGAGAGUGCGGCUCUAGGUGGUGAAGGUCGAUGCCGAGCGCGCGCAGACCGGGGUGAGGCUCGCGGUGUCAGCGCCCCCCCCCCCGUGCCACUGAGUUUUCGUCGCGUGGAGGGCUCCUCGCUCACAGCUCGCGAAGGAGGCCGCGUAUACACGGGUAGCUCGCGGUAGGUGAGGUACACGGAGACACGGGAGAGACGCGGUUGAGACACGGGAGAGACAUGAGAGAGACACGAGAGAGACGCGGUUGAGACACGGCAGAGACACGGCAGAGACACGGGUGACAUGCGCAGGUAACACACACGCAUAAACACACAAGCAUGUAACAUACAGACAUAGAGAGGCAUACACACCCUGUAGGUGACACGGGUUGAACACACGCGAACACCAAUUUGGUUGGCAAGCAGAAGAAGCUCCCAGACACGCGCUAGCACACACACACACAUAGUUAACACAAGACAAAGAUCCCCCUGAUAGCCUUCACAGACUUUUGAGGCAAGUGCUACCUGUUAAAGGCUCUACGGGGUAUCUUUAUCUAUAUUUAUAAAGUAAAUCGUCAUCUAAGUAAAUUAAUAAUUAAGUGUAUAUUUAACAGCCCUUUUUAUCAAUCCAAUUUGGGAUGACAGAGACAAAUAUCAUCUGGGUAGCCUUAACAGACUGUUGGGGCGAGUGCUGUUAGCGAGUAGCAGCGCCUACAAAGGCCGGCACGGCAACACGAGGGAGUGGUGGGUGGGUGGUCAGCACCGCGCCCGCCCGCCUUUGUCUCCCCAGUGGCAGGGGUGAUGAUGAUGGAUGUCCUUGUUAACCUCGUCGGCUCCAUUGUCACAGCUGCUGCUGCAACUACUACGGCUUCUACAACUAAAUUACUAUGGCAACCACGACUACCCCUACAAGGACUACUGCUAUACUAUUAAUACAGUAUUAUUAUUCUUAAGAGCGGUCAUUUGCAAACCACUUGUUAAAUAAACUUGCAAC